UCAAAUAAUUGAAGAAAUAAUUAAGAAAUUAUUUACCAAAAUUCGGGGUAUUACAUAUAUCAUCCAAAAAUAAUUAUAACAUCUGAAAAGUGAUUAUAUAAUCUAACUAAAUUAUUUCAAUAUGAAUACAUCAUUAAGGAAUGUGAAAUAGUGUAUGAAGGUGGGUUGUAGUGGGUUAAGUGUGGUGAUGUGCAACUCACAACAAUAACAACGAGGUGAUCGACGACCAGUGAGUGAUGGAAGGUAGAACACGUGGGCAGCAAGGAGGAAAAGGUGCGGCUGCCGCUGGUAAUCGAGCUACAUGUUGCGGGAUUAACUGACAAUCGGUUGCAGCAGAGGAGAUUGUCGGUGAAAGGGAUAGGAAUGUUCUAGAAGCAGGAAGGAAGUGAGUCGAAAGUCGAAAGAGAGAGAGGAGGUGGCAGCGAUGUUGGUGGUGGUGGUGUGAGAGAAGAGGUAGGAGAAAAAUUGUUGGGUCUAUAAUAAAUUUAGUGUAGACCGGGUCCAUACAAGACCUUCUAUAGACCUUAUUAGAACUUUUUUUUGUGAUUUAAAUCUAGAUAACCCUUAUCUCAACUUAUUUUUCCUAAAUUAUCUUAUUUGAACUUAUCUAAACUUAUUGUUUAUGAAAACGUGAAAAUAAGAUGAACUUAACAACGCGUUAUCUUAUUGUUGCACUUCACAAUCAAUUAAAGAUACCUUUAUUCACUCCACUUGUGUAUUGGUUUAUUCAUUUCCAUGCACUAAACAUAAUCCUUCUUAAAACUACAUGCAAAAGCUAGUGUUACUACUUACAACUUUACAAGUAUUUAGGAACAAAGGAAGUGUAUAAGUGAAAAAACGAGGUAAAAGAGAGCACCUGGAUAAUGCAAACAGUCAAAACAGUGAUUGGUAUCUGGAAUGGCUGCUUGCUGUUGCAUAUAUAGGGGGGAUUGUUGCUCCUCUAAAUUAUCGCUGGAUGGCGUAAUGGCAUAUGACAUAUUAGCAUCUUCAACAAUUUGAAGCAAUAUCUAUUAUACGGUCUAUUUUGACAGCUUCAAUAAUUUUUUAACCACCAGAGCUUGGAGGAGUCAAAAGUGGCGCUGGAAGUUAUCCAACCAGCAAUGAUUGUCACUGAUGAUUGUUGCACAUGGUUGUCGGAAUUGCAAAAUGGUACCAUGUUUUGUCCAAGAUGGCAUGUUCGUAUUGGAUUUCAUUAUUGGAGUUCAAAUGGUGUACAAAAAUUUGAGAGGCCGUCCCUAAAUCUUCAAUCUAUCAAAUAUUGUUGGGCACCUGAAGAUGUGGUUAUUAUAUGUUUCACUUCAGGGUCUACUGGCAAACCAAAAGGAGUUACAAUAAGCCAUGGUUCAUUAAUAGUCCAAUCCUUGGCAAAAAUUGCUAUUGUGGGUUACACAGAAGACGAUGUAUAUUUGCAUACUGCCCCACUGUGCCACAUAGGUGGGAUAUCCUCAUGCUUGGCUAUGCUAAUGGUAGGAGGUUGUCAUGUAUUGUUACCCAAGUUUGAAGUUAAAAUGGCAGUGAAAGCUAUAGAGGAAUAUCAUGUGACUUCAUUCAUAACUGUCCCAACUAUGCUAGCUUCUCUGGUUUUUAUGAUAAGGCACAAUGAGUCAAGGAAAUUGGAUCUAACUGUAAAGAAAAUUUUGAAUGGUGGUGGGAGUCUUUCUAUCAAACUUGUUGAAGAUGCUAUAAGAUGCUUUCCAACAGCCAAGCUUCUCUCUGCUUAUGGCAUGACAGAGACCUGUUCUUCUCUCACCUUCAUCACCAUCUAUGAUCCAACUGUUAAUAAUUCAAACCAGAACCCAAAGGAAAUAAGUGGAAUUAUUUCCAACUCUGUACACCCAGCAGGAGGUGUCUGUGUUGGGAAGCCAGCACCUCAUGUUGAGCUACUGAUAAUAAAAGAGGAAUCUUCUCAUGUGGGGAGAAUUAUGACUCGGGGACCUCAUGUUAUGAUUCGCUAUUGGAGUCAAAUUAGUGCUGCAGUAAUUGACUCCGGAGCAGAUUGGUUUGACACUGGUGAUAGUGGACAUAUUGAUGCUCAUGGAAACUUGUGGCUUGUUGGUCGUAGGAAUUGUUGUAUCAAAAGUGGCGGGGAGAAUGUGUAUCCUGAAGAGGUGGAGGUUGUGUUGUCACAACAUCCUGCAAUUACAAAUGUAGCUGUCAUUGGACUCCCACAUCCACACUUAGGUGAAAUGGUUGUUGCUUGUGUUCAAAUUAGAGAAAACUGGAUAUGGACUGACUUGAAGGUUGGUGAGUUGCCAAGCAAUGUGGAAUGUCACUUAUCAACCAGCGUGCUAAAGGAUUAUUGUCGACAGAAAAGUUUAACCGGGUUUAAGAUACCAAAAGCUUUUAUGGUUUGGAGGAAGCCUUUCCCGCUUACAAGCACCGGAAAAAUUAAAAGAGACCAAGUUGAGGCAGAGGCUAUGUUGCAUUUACAACCUUUACUUUCUAAUCUUUAACACAAAUGUUAAAUACGACUUCAUAUUUAACAACAUUUUACAUGACAAUAUUUUUUUCA